AUGGGGUUCAGCCAGGUUUGUGUUGGAAUGAUUAUGCAGUGUGUCAGCUCUGUGUCUUUUUCUGUGCUUAUUAAUGAGGAUAGUUUGGUUUUUUGCAAGGCGGACAUUAGGGAAAAUAGGAGGGUUCAAGCACUUAUAGGAAAGUAUGAAGAUGUUUCGGGGUCCUGGGAUGUGGCCAAACUUAGAGCUCUCUUUAAUCCAAGUGUGGUGGAGGACAUUCUAAAGAUAACUCUAUGUGCUGGGAGUAGUGCAGAUAAAAGAGUGGGGGGACAUGAAAGGAAUGGCUUGUUUAGUGUUAGAAACUGUUAUAAGUUCAUUUUGGAUCAGCAGGGUUCUCCAGAUGCUGAAUCAUCAAAUGCAAGUGCUCAAAGAGUGGUUUGGAGAAAUAUUUGGAAAAUGCCGGUUCCUAACAAGAUAAAAAUAUUUGCUUGGCGUGCAUGUAAGGAUGUGUUGCCUUCAAAGGCAAAUUUACUACUAAAACAUGUCCCUAAUGAUGGGCUUUGCAAUUUUUCUAAUGAGGAUCUUGAGGGUAGUUAUCAUGCUUUGGUGAACUGUAAGCAACUUCAGAAAGCAUGGCAAGCUUUUUUACCGGCAAUUGGUGUUGACCUUUCGUUGAACGUAUUUGAGGUUGUUCUUUCUCCUUACCAAGUUGCUGAACAUGCAGUUUCUUUACUAAAGAGCUAUAAAGUUUCUCAUAAGCAAUCAAGGAUGCAAGUAAAAAAAUUUUAUAGAUGGAAGGCCCCACAACCAAAAAUGCUGAAGCUAAAUGUAGAUGGGGCAAUUUUUUCUGAGCUCGGUAGAAUAGGGACUGGUGCAAUAUUGAGAGAUAAUUUGGGAAGAGUUCUACUGGCUGCAAGCACAGCAGAAAGAGCAGUGGAGGAUCCUGAGCAAAUAGAGUUGCUAGCUCUCCUACGUGGCCUCCAGUUUUGUGCAGGUAUGGGAAUAAAUAAGAUUGAAGUGGAAAGUGACUGCUUGCUAGUGAUUGAGGCACUGCAACAGGAUAGCAUGUCUAAUUCAACGUUUGGUGACCUUUACUCUGAGAUAAAAUAG